ACAACCUUGUACAAGCGUCACAUUAGGGGGUAAAUCAAUCUUAUCUGAUCCUGACACUCCCUCAACCACAUAUCUGCAAGAUGCGGUGGCAGGGAAUCCUCCUUUCUCUCAGUUUCGUAGCUGGUCCCGUCCUUGGAGGCUGUCCCUAUGCGAGUCAGCUCGGUCUCGAGGCCCGCGGUGCAGCCGAAUCGCCACGAGGCCAUCCACCUGCACACCUGCAGGCCCCUCAAUCCCCAUCUAUCUCAUCCAGGACGAACUCCACCAAGAAAGGAGUGUUCUACAUGAACCGCAUCGCUCCCGGCACAUCUGAGCUGUACAUCUCAACCGCGAACGGCAGCUCCGAGCGUCCCCUGCUCCCGAAUCCGAUCUACGAAUACCAUGCCUCCUUCUCGCCCUCGGGCGACUGGAUCACAUUCACAGGUGAACGCUCCGGCGACGGGAACUCUGAUAUCUACCGCGUCCGCCCCGACGGCUCCGAUCUCCAGCUCCUCCUCUCCACGCCGUCAAUGGAAGACAGUGUGGUGCUGUCUCCAGACGGGACCUUAGCCGCGUACGUCUCGACGGAGAACGGAUACCGCGCCAAUAUCUGGAUUUUGGACAUCGAGACUGGGAAGAGGUGGAAUGUCACCGAUACGCCGCUCUCUCGAAGAUCGGUAAACGAGACCCUCAUGAACGGGUACUUUCGACCUUCCUGGUCGCCUGACGGGCGAUGGAUCGCAUUCAGUUCGGACCGUAAUACGGAGUGGCGGGGACACGGCGACGACACAUAUCUCGGUAUCAGUGGAUGGGAGCAUACGCAGGAACUCUCGAUCUACGCCGUGCGUGCUGACGGGUCGGGAUUCAGACAACUCGCCACGAAACCUGGCUACUCCCUGGGCUCCCCGUCAUGGUCGCCGGACGGAAAACGGAUUGUGUACUAUGAGAUGACGAGAGAAGCAACAUGGGGCGCGCACAGACCGGAGUCAAUUGACAGCACCAGCUCAAUCAUAGUCUCAGUCGACUUCAAGACUGGCAAAGAUCGACGUGUUGAAGUCGACGUCGACGGCGUGAAGGCAUUCCCGCAGUAUCUCUCCAACAACACGAUCGGAUACCAUCUGAAGGGGACAUCGAAGGAAGGCAUCUACACGACCGACGGUGUCUACCUCAACAAAACGAUCCGCUCCCCGGCAUGGUCUCCAAACGGGCAAUACAUCGUGUACGAGAAGACGAGCUGGGAUAUACGGCCUAUGGCGAAGGAGCUCUACUCUUGGAACGAGGACUGGGAUUACCGCUUCACCGAUGUCUUCCCGCAGAUCUCGAACCAGAAUCGUAUUGCCAUGACAGAGAAGCAGCUGGGCAAUUCAUCUAUCAUAACGGUGAAGCCUGAUGCAUCAGAUGAAAGGAUGGCAUACGACAACGCGAAGAGUGAUCUUGUCUCGUCGUCUCUUGUCUCCCAGGGUCUUGCGGGAGCGUUCCAGCCGUCAUGGUCCCCGGAUGGAGAGUGGCUCGUCUUCGGUGAGGGCGCCUGGUUCCAGUCGCGGGCUUCGACCGGGGGAUGGCUUGUGCGGGCGACGGCCAACGGGUCUGAGUAUGAAGUCCUGACUGCAUCUAACACGUCUAUUGCGAACACUUCGAUCAUGAACUCCGGGUUCCCCUCCUACAGCCAUGACGGGAGCAAGAUCGUCUUCCGUGUCUGGGGCGCCAACUCGACGAACGGGGAUACGGGUCAGCUAGGACUGAGAGUCAUGGAUCUGAAUACUCGUAAUAUCACAGCUCUCACGAACGAGUGGGACAAUCUCCCAUUCUUUUCGCCCGCAGGGUUCGAGGAGCGGAUUGUUUUCACGCGCAAGACGGGUGUUUACAACUAUGAUGUUUGCACGAUCAAGCCGGAUGGGACAGAUCUCGAGGUCCUGACGAGUAGCGGGGGAAAUGAUGCGCACGCCGUUUGGAGCUAUGACGGACGGAUCAUGUAUUCAACGGGCAUGUUUGGGUUCCAAUACGAGUGCGCCCUGUAUGAUGAUACAUUCCAGCCGUAUGGGCAGGUUAUGAUUAUGGAUGCAGACGGAGGGAAUAAGCAGGUGUUGACGGACUCCAUCUGGGAGGACUCGAUGCCUUUGCUGGUCCCUUACAGUGAUUUCUGA